GCUUGCGCUCUGGAAAUUUCCGUGGGGAGAGUCUGGAGCCCCGGCCAGCCCUGACCCGCCUGCCGGCACCUCCUCACGCCCAGGCGCCCCUGUCCACGCGGUAAACAUUAGCUGGCACAGUUAAUGUUUAAUGCCCCCUCAUCCGGCACCCCGGCCACCGGGCAUUCUCCGGGCAGAGCGGCGGGCGAGGCAGCGGGAUCAGUCCAGUCCACGGCAAUGGCAGGGGUGCCCACGGCCGAGGGUGGCAGCCCCGGGGCGGACGUGGACCCGUUCCACUACGACUACGAGGUCGUCCGCAAAGGGGGCCUGAUCUUUGCCGGCCUGGCCUUCGUGGUGGGGCUCCUCAUCAUCCUCAGCAAACGGCUGCGCUGCGGGGGCAAAAGGAAGCACCGGCCCGGCGCCGACGAGGAGCUGUGAUGGCAGGAUCGGCCAGGCCACCGCCGCCUCCACAGGCCUCUGUGCCCGGGGCCAGGCCCUCGGGCUGAAGGGAGCACCCGGCUUCACCCUGGCCCGCCCCCUCCCCCGGGGCCGCCUCUUCCUGAUAAUAAAGCCGAGUCAGACGUG